GAUGACUUGCUGUCCUUAAAAGUUGUCAGUGUCCUCCACCACCUCAGCAUCAAAAGAGCCAUUCAGGUUUUGAGAAUAAAUAACUUCGAACCCAACUGUCUGCGCAGGAGGCCAUCUGAUGAGAAUAACGUCACACCUUCUGAGGUCACGCAGUGGACCAAUCAUCGUGUGAUGGAGUGGUUACGCUCCGUUGAUCUGGCAGAGUAUGCUCCUAAUCUGCGGGGGAGCGGUGUGCAUGGGGGACUGAUGGUUUUGGAGCCUCGUUUCAAUGUAGAAACCAUGGCACAGUUGCUGAACAUCCCACCAAACAAGACGCUACUGAGAAGGCACUUGGCAACUCAUUUCAACCUCCUCAUUGGGCAGGAGGCCCAGCAGCAGAAACGUGAAGCCAUGGAGUCCCCAGACUACAUCCUUUUAACAGCAACUGCCAAAGUAAAGCCAAAGAAACUCGCAUUCAGCAAUUUUGGGAGUCUGAGGAAGAAGAAGCAGGAUGAUGUGGAAGAGUACGUGUGUCCUAUGGAGCUGGGGCGGGCAUCUGGAAGUGGGUCGAAGAAGGGUUUUAAGCCUGGCCUGGACAUCAGAGUAUAUGAUGAUGACGAUUUGGACAGGCUGGAGCAGAUGGAAGAUUCAGAAGGGACAGUGAGGCAAAUAGGAGCGUUUUCUGAAGGCAUCAACAACUUGACGCACAUGUUGAAAGAAGAUGAAAUGUUUAAAGACUUUGCGACUCGCUCUCCUAGCACCAGUAUAACAGAUGAGGACUCCAACGUGUGACACUAACCACCAGGCACUGACAAACGCUCACUUUCCUAUGUGCAAGAAACGUCAUCAUUAUACAUGACGGGCAGCAGAUCAUGUACAUUACAUUGCUCUUGCUUCUGUUUGUUAGAAGUAAUAUUGGGGGAUGGAGAAUUUAAAGAAAAAAAAGGAGGGGGGAAAAAAAGGUGCCUACUAUAAAGUUGCCAUAAGAAACACCCAGACACUGGUGAAUGGUAGUUGUUUUUACUAUAUUUAAUGUACAAACUGGUGAUAUGUUUCAGAGUGUUGCAUUUAAAUUUACAUAGUAUCAUUGUGCUCCUUUUGCUUAUUCAUGGCCUCAGAUAAUCCUUUAUACUGUUUCAAAAUAAGAGAAGGUGUUAGGUAGAAGUAUUGUGUCUGUAGAUAUUGUGCAUCAGCUUUCUCUAGGCUCUCAGCUGAAAAAAGAUGUUGCUGCUCUUUGUCAAGUGCAUUUGUUCAGCACAAAUACCAGUUCUGCCCUUCCUACGGUAUCCAAUGUAGGAUUUUAGUCAUCCAUGCCUUGCAUAAACUCCCCGGGAGCUCUUGAUUGUUGCUCUUAUUUUUAUACUGUUUUAUUAAAAAAAAAAAGAAAAAAAGAAAAAAUAAAUAUAUGAAGUGCAUAUAAAAGCAAAAAUUUAAAUUUUGUGAGAUAGAGUGAUGGAAAGUUCAAGGUGUGGGGGAAGGGGAGAGGGUUGUAAAAAGAUUAUGCCAGUUUGCAUACCAGCUGGUUACUGGAAAAGGCAGGCUGACCUUUGGAACUGUUUGCUUUCAUUGCUUUUUACUAAGUGCACAGUUUAAUGAUCUUCCAUUUGGGAUGAAACAAUUAUAAAGCAUGUUUCUUCUAGCAGUGACUCUUACGGAAACUGCACAUUUUAAAACAUCUUCUAUCUUGUUCCCAGCAGCAGUAUUUAUAGUAUUCAAACAAGGUUAUUAACACUUCUGUGACUUAAAAUAUUUCGUUAAAGUUGAGAGUACUCCCUACGUAUGGAAGGGAUAUUUCUGUGCUGUGACUAACAUAAAGAUGGUGUAGUUGGAAAAAAAAAAAAAAAAGUUAUAUAGAGAAAUGUAUAGGAAAUAUAUUAUUUCAUAAUAUUAAACCUAAGGGGGGACUUUUCCUCAGAAAUUCCAAUAUCAAACAUGUUGCUCAUCAUUUUACCUUCUUAAAGCACAGCUCCUCUGCUUUUGAAGAUCAUCAGAUUUUAAAAAUCCUAACUAGCCAGUGGAAAUCUUUUGUCAGCCUUUUGGUAUUGUGAGGUGUCCUAGCUAAAAGCA